AUGAGUAUAAUGGCAGAGCAAGCAACGAUAACCAGACCUCUGACAUCCUCUAAACGGCACAAGAGUGUGAGGAAGAACUCCAGGAGAAUCUACUCAGCGUAUCAGGAUAAUGCAGGGCCGUCUGAUGAUGAGGAGAAGGACGAGGUGCGAGUGGACAGCAAUGACCCCGAGGAGAUGUUUCAGAACAUUCAGUACCAAAAGGAGAUCAUCGCCAACAUCCGAACACGACCCUGGCCGAUGCGGCGCAAACUCCGAGUCUUAAAACAGGCCAGAGAGAUCGUUUUGAAGUACGAAGGCAGACUCACCAGGACUCGGGGCUACCAGACUGCAGGGGCAGAUCUGCUGAAGAAGGUUUCUCGAGUGCUGUACAAUGUGCUUGUUUUAUUCAUCCCAUGGGAAAUGAGGAUUAAAAAGAUUGAAAGUCACUUUGGAUCUGGUGUGGCGUCCUACUUUAUUUUCCUUCGGUGGCUUUUUGGCAUUAACAUCGUCCUCACCAUCAUGACUGGAGCCUUCAUCGUUUUGCCUGAGCUCCUGGCCGGCGCGCCGUUCGGCACCACACGCAGCAAAACCAUCCCCAAGGAGCAGGUCUCCUCCGCUCAGGACCUGGACACCAUCUGGUCACUAGGGGGUUACCUGCAAUACUCCGUACUCUUUUACGGCUACUAUGGCAACGUGCGUAAGAUUGGCAGUGCCGGCUACCGCCUGCCCCUGGCCUAUUUUCUGGUUGGGAUGGCUGUUUUUGCCUACAGUUUCAUCACUCUGUUAAGAAAAAUGGCGAAGAACUCGCGGCUGAGUUUGGCCAGUGCUUCUGAUGAGAACUACACGUUCUGCUGGAGGAUCUUCUGUGCGUGGGACUACCUGAUUGGCAACCCCGAGGCGGCUGAGAGCAAAGGAGCAGCCAUCGUUAAUAACAUCAGAGAAGCCAUUGUGGAAGAACAAGAGAAGAAGAAAGACACAAGCCUUGCCGUCCUGAUCAGCCUGCGGAUCCUGGCCAACAUUCUGGUCCUGCUGUCACUGGCAGGCAGUAUCUACAUCAUCUAUUUUGUGGUGGACCGCUCCCAGAAGCUGGAGCAGCAGAAAGCCGAGCUGACAUUAUGGGAAAAGAACGAGGUAAGUGUGGUGGUCUCCCUCAUCACUAUGAUCGCCCCCUCAGCCUUCGAGCUUGUGGCCCAGUUGGAGAUGUACCACCCUAGAACAAGCCUGCGUUUCCAGCUGGCCAGGGUGUUGGUGCUGUAUCUUGGCAACCUUUACAGUCUAAUCAUCGCCUUGCUGGACAAAGUGAACAGCAUGAGCUCUGCUCCAGGGAACUGGUCUAAUUCCACCUCUUACCUGGCCACUGUCUCGGCCGAGACCAACCUGUCCACCGCUGUCCCUGAGAUUGCCGAGGUCAGGAAUGGUACUUUCACCACAGCUGCUGUGGACCUGAACCACACUGCUGUUGACAUGAAGAGUGCCAUGUCUUCUGGGCCACCCGCACCUGUGCUGAUUGUACUCAACCAGACUGUCCUCUCUGGAUACAACGCCAGGAGCCAGCAGGAUCAGUGCUGGGAGACCUACGUCGGGCAGGAAAUGCUGAAACUCUCGAUCAUCGAUAUGAUAUUCACCGUCGCAAGUAUUUUGCUGAUUGAUUUUAUCCGGGGCCUGGUGGUUCGAUACCUGAGUGACUGCUGCUGCUGGGAUCUGGAGAGCAAGUUUCCAGAAUAUGGUGAAUUCAAGAUAGCUGAAAACGUCCUCCAUCUAAUAUACAACCAGGGCAUGAUAUGGAUGGGGGCGUUCUUUUCACCCUGCCUACCCGCCUUCAACGUCCUGAAGCUGAUUGGGCUCAUGUACCUGAGGAGCUGGGCGGUGCUCACCUGCAAUGUGCCUCAUCAGCAGGUCUUCCGUGCCUCCAGGUCAAAUAAUUUCUACCUGUCCAUGCUUCUCUUCAUGCUCUUUCUGUGCAUGCUCCCGACCAUCUUUGCGAUUGUGAGGUACAGGCCGUCGCAGCACUGUGGACCUUUUAGUGGUCAAGAGAAGAUUUACGACAUCAUCUCGGAGACCAUUGACAAGGAUUUUCCCCUGUGGUUCAGUAAGGUGAUGAGUUACGUGACUAGUCCCGUGGUGGUCUUGCCUGCCCUCCUGCUCCUCUUUAUGCUGAUCUACUACCUCCAGUCCAUCGCCAGGUCGCUCAAAUUCACCAACAGCCAGCUCCGCCUUCAGCUCCAGAGCGACCGCACAGAUGAUAAGAAGAAAGUGUUGGCUCGCACACGUAUGCCUGUGUUCUUCUCAGCCCGUCUCCAGUCCCCCGAGGGUGGCAACAAAAAGCCUGAGCAAGAGAGUGACAUCACCAGCGUGGAGUCCCCCGCCCGCUCCACCUCCCCCCCACGCCGCAACGGCACCGUCACCAGCUUCCAGUCGCCCGCUUACCACGGCAACAGCAUUCGCACCAUCUCGCAGUCGGCCUCGCAGGCCGAGGCCAGGGCAGGCAGUGCCCUCUGCAGCCCUUCCACGCCCGUGCGCCCCAAACCCAGGACAGAGCCCGUCCCCACCAGUGCUUACAGGGUGUACGGCAGCCCUUGCGUUCCCCAGAGGCACAUUCACACGGUGGAGUACGUUCCCAUCAGGCAUGCAAGCUAUCUGGGAGGGUCCAGCAGUUCGUGUCGCUCCAAGUCCUACCACCAUGUGGCCUACAGUCCGUCCAUGCGCUACACCGAGAGCGUCCACUCUGAUCCGCUCUUCAGGAAGGGCCUGCGGCCCAUCCUCGCCGAGCCUGCCAUCGUCGCGGCAUCAGGUUACAUGGGCCGGCGGGCCCACGCCACCCGCUACGUCAUCGUCAACGAGCACGAGCCGCGCAAGAAGAUAAUGCGACCCGGCCCACGGCCCUCCCGCCACUACCGCGUGUUGGACGAGCCUGCUGAGAUUGUGGAGCUCUACCCUCGCAACACCAAGCGCUACACAGUUCGCCCGCCCCACCGCAGCCAACCACCACACCUCAGCGAAGAGGAGGAGGAGGAAGUGGCCAAGAACGGAGGGCGCAGGGCAUCCUUUGGGCAGUCGCACCGGCCGCAGUCCCUGUCUGACCUCCGCCAGUCCGCACGUUUUUACAUCGGCGACACCCUGGACAGCCGCGCGGAUCCGAGCUUGUAUGGAGAGCAAGAGGAUGGAGACUACGCCGAACAGUGGGUCGAGGAAGGCUCUCGCUCACGCUCACGGGUGAGCCUGAAGACCCCGGAGGCGUCGCAGGCACACGGAGAGCAGCAUGUCAAACCCAAGAGCAAACGCAAGGGGGAGCCAUCACUCACCGAGUCUGAUUCUGCCUCUCUGGCUUCUAGCAGUGACCAACAGAACAGCAGUACUGACCAGUACAUUCAGGUCAUCCACAACAAGGAAAAGUACCUGAAGCCCAACACCAAGCUAACCAAAAAAAAGCCCAAAACCAGUGGUGAACGAAAUGUUCCUGGAGCAAAUGAUCUUGUGUGCUCAAAGGUCUAACUCAUUUGUUAUCACUGAAGCUGUUGUAUAUGAAACUGAUAGUAGCUAUUCUCUAAAGGUUCCUGUCAUUGGAUUGCACAUUUAUUGCUUUAUUGCCUUGUUGUAAAGCACAUAAUUGACUAGGCUACAGUGACCAAAAGAGAAAAGCUGUAUUUUGCACAAAUCAAGUGUAUAUUUGCAUAGAUAGAUAGAUAGAUAGAUAGAUAGAUAGAUAGAUAUUCUGUAUGCAGUACU